AUGUCAACGCCGUCUCAUUCCUCAGAGGUCCAUCCUUUCCUAAGAGGUAACUUUUCGCCCGUCACCCAGGAGUACGUCUCACAUUCUUGUCAGAUCGUACAUGGCCAGGUACCGCAAGAACUCUUCGGUGGACAGUACAUCCGCAAUGGGGGCAACCCAGUGUAUCCACCAGAGCAAGGCAGGCACUAUCAUUGGUUCGAUGGCGAUGGCAUGUUACAUGGCGUCUUCUUCGAUGGUCAAGGCCGGCCGUCAUACACCAACCGGCACCUUGCUACUCCGCUUUUAACGAUGACACUCCUUCUACUGCGAUCACCCCUUCCUUCUAUCGCCUUACUCAUUUCACCACUAUCAUCUCUCCACCGGAUCGUAGUGGCCAUUCUUCAGGCUUUUCUCAUCGCGCUUCGAGCACGCAUGGGGGUUCUCAGCGUGGCUAACACCAGCGUCAUCUGGUGGGGGCGUGGGCUAGGAUUAGAUGAGCUGGAAGAGGAUCAGGUCGAGGAUGUCCUUGGAGCGUCAGAAGUGUUGUCAAAUGAUCCUGAUCAACGUUUAUUAGCCACAUGCGAAUCAGGCCCUCCACUCGAAGUGCAAUUACCAAGUCUGAAAACCAUCGGAUGGGACAGACUUAAAGAUCCUUUCACUGGAGAGAGCCUCGCAGAGAGACGAGGUCGAUGGGAAUGGUGGAAACGUUUUGGCUUAAGCAGGGUACAGGAGGAUUGGAUGACUGCUCAUCCUCGAGUAGACCCCGUGGAUGGAUCGCUUCUCCUGUACUCGACGCAGAUGUUUGACGCUCCGUACGUGAGGUAUUCUGUGAUAGACCGGACAGGUCGUCAUGUCAUUUGGAAGGAAGGGAUAGACGUUGGGCGUGCAAAGAUGAUGCACGACUUCGCUGCAACCAGAACUCAUACAAUUCUGCUCAACCUACCCUUAACGCUAGCUCCCCACAACCUUUUCUCUCGCCCGCCCGUUCCACUGAUACACUUUGACCGUACGCUGCCAUCUGAAUUUGUCAUAUUUCCACGGCUUCAGCCACAGCAUCUGAUCCGUUUUCGGGAUCCUGAGCCAAGCCUAAUCUUUCACACUGCGAAUGCAUGGGACGACCACGACGGAAAUGGUUGUCUUCAAGCGGUCAACAUGCUCGGUUGUCGAUUUCGCUCGGCCAAACUCGUCUACGCAGCUGGAGCUAUCGACAUCCCAGCUGUGGAAAAGAAGUUCGGAGCAGGCGAUGUGGUUCGACUACAAUAUUAUCGGUUUGACAUGAAAGGUUCUGGGAAGAUUAUCCAUACGUUCCCACUCAGUGCUAUACCCUUUGAAUUUCCCACUCUGCCUCCGUUGCUUGGCAUGAGUCCGGCAAGAUACGUGUAUGGGUGUACCAUGCGAUCAGGUUCAUUUGAUGAGCGCCUAGGAGGCGCUGCGAAAGUCGACUGCAUCGCUAAGCUCGAUGUACUCGAGCUCAUAGAGCGGGGUCGCUGCCGGGGGAUCGGCAAAUCGGUGGAGCCAGUGGAUUCAAGAUCAUCAGCGGAGAUUCUCAAAGACUGGCAAGAUGGUAUAUCGGGGCCGAUAGAGAUAUUUGCCAUGCCUGCCGGGUGGUAUGCGCAGGAGCCAAGGUUCGUUCCUAGGUACGAUGGCAAGAACGAAGAUGAUGGUUUUCUACUCACUUACGUCUACGAUGAAUCACACCUACUUCCUGAUGGGACCCCUUCAAGUGAUUGCGAUGCGGGUUCAGAGCUUUGGGUGAUCGAUGCCCGCCGGUUGUCGCAGGGUAUGUCAGCAGUAAUUGCCAGAAUCAAAUUGCCACAGCGAGUUCCGUAUGGCCUUCAUGGUACUUUCGUACCGGGAUCGGCGAUGCACCACCAGCGGAAGGUGGAAGGGUCACUGCCCCCGCAAGAUCUGUUACAAGACAAGCUCGCUCGCUCGCGUUUGCAAAACUUCGUGUCGAUACUCUUCAAUAGACCAAUGUACCGAGACAAGUCAAAGGCUGAGAGGGUAAUACUGGCUCUCUUGUUGCCCAUUGGGGUGAUCAUGUUAGCAUUGUCGAUCAAAGAGGUGACAUCCUAUGUUGUAUCAAAACAGUUGUAA